AUGCCGUCCAUUGGUGAAGAAGGCAUCAGAAUAGCCAUUGACCGAGGUGGUACAUUCUGUGACUUCUGGGCACGUAUCCCCGGCCGCCAAAACGACCUUAUCUUCAAGCUUCUUUCCGUUUGUCCAGACAAAUAUGCCGAUGCACCAACAGAAGGCAUUCGACAGAUCCUUGAAAAGGCAACCGGCAAGUCCAUCGCGAAGGGCGAGCUGUUGGAUUUGGCCCCCGUAGAGAGCAUACGCAUGGGGACCACCGUCGCCACCAAUGCUCUUUUGGAACGGAAGGGCGAGCGGACGGCUCUCUUAAUCACCAAGGGAUUCCAAGACCUUCUGAUUAUCGGCAACCAGGCACGGCCAAGGAUUUUUGAUCUCGCAGUCAAGAAGCUCGGCACUCUUUACGAGACCGUUGUCGAGGUGGACGAACGCGUGACCAUAGAGGGCUUCUCCGAGGACCCGGAGCCGCAACCAAUUGAUGUAUCGAGCGACGAUGACUUGGUAAUGGGCAAAACAGGCGAGGCUCUCCGAGUUGUGAAACGGCCCGACCUGAUGGCCAUCAGACAGGACCUUCAGGGUCUGCGGGACCGGGGCUUUCGCAGCUUAGCGGUGGCACUGAUGCACUCUUACGCCUAUCCUGAUCAUGAAAUCGCAAUAGGAGAUCUGGCCUGCGAGAUGGGCUUCAGGGUUUCUCUCUCAUCACAGCUUCAGAGCAUGAUCAAGCUUGUCUCUCGUGCGCAGUCAGCCGUUGCGGAUGCCUACCUCUCACCCAUCACCGACAAUUACCUCGAUGGCUUCCGGCGGAGCUUCAAGGGUGAACUACGGGAUCCGCAGUCGGCCAACAAGCUACUUCUGUCCCAGAGCCAUGGCGGUCUGGUCAAGUACACUGAGUUCACCGGUCUGCGCGCAAUUCUCUCUGGACCCGCCGGCGGAGUCAUUGGGUAUGCACGAACAUGCUACGACGCUGCAGAGGGCACCCCGGUGCUCGGCUUUGAUAUGGGUGGAACCAGCACCGAUGUUUCUCGGUAUGGCGGCGCCCUGGAGCAUGUUUUCGAGAGCAACACCGCCGAAGUUCAGAUUCAGACGCCUCAGCUAGACGUCAACACUGUGGCCGCAGGAGGUGGCUCCAUUCUGUUCUGGAGCAACGGCCUGUUCAAAGUAGGCCCUCAAUCAGCAGGCGCAUUCCCCGGACCGGCCUGCUACGGUAAUGGAGGCCCAUUGACCAUUACCGACGCCAACUGCUUCCUUGGGAGAGUCCUUCCAGACUUCUUCCCCCAGAAAUUGCACAUGGACAAGGUGAAGGAAGAGUUCGCCAAGCUGACCCAGCUGGUCAACUCGGAAAAGCACGGCGAUGAUCAGCUCACCCCCGAACAAGUUGCUAUGGGUUUUAUUGAGGUGGCAAAUGCGACAAUGGCGAGACCGAUCAGGACUUUGAGUGAGGGCAGGGGUUUCGAUACCGCAGCUCACAAUCUUGCCUGCUUUGGCGGCGCGGGUGGUCAACAUGCCGUGGCUAUUGCAAGGGAUCUCGGUAUCCGCCGGAUAUUGAUCCACAAGCUAUCGAGUAUCCUGUCAGCAUACGGCAUGGCACUGGCCGAUAUUGUCGUCGAGAAGCAGGACCCGGAAGCGGCUAUCUAUGGUACCGAGGCAAGCGACAGGAUACAAGAGCGAUUUGAAGCCAUGGCUAAGAAAGCAACCGAAGACUUGGGCUCCCAAGGCAUUCCAGCUCAGAGGGUCAUACAUGAAUAUUUCCUGAACAUGAGAUACAGAGGAAGCGACACGGCACUUAUGAUACAGCAGCCGGAUGAUGGCGAUUUCUCCCGAGCAUUUAGUGAUCGCCACCAACGUGAAUUCGGGUUCGGUCAACCCGACAGGGAUAUCUUGGUUGAUGACAUUCGCGUCAGAAGUAUCGGCAAGGCGAUUGACGUCCCAAUAUGCAGCCCAUUCAAAGAUCUUGAAGAAGCGGCGAAAUUUUCGGUGCUGGACGCAAGCGCCGCGAAGGGAACACGAAAGGUUUAUUUCGAAACGACAGGCUGGACGGAUGCGGCUAUCUUUCACAUCGACAGCAUACCCAGGAAGGUUAAGAUUAUGGGACCGGCGGUGGCAAUUGAUGCGACUCAGACGAUAAUCAUUGAGGAGGACAGUGUGGCGAUCGUUCUAGAUGACCAUAUUGUUCUUGACAUUGUCGCAGCCAAACAAAAGACAGUUGGCAUUGACGAAGUCGACCCGGUGCAGCUAUCUGUCUUUGGCCACAGAUUCAUGUCCAUUGCAGAGCAGAUGGGGAGAACUUUACAAAAGACAUCCAUUUCCACCAACAUCAAGGAACGUCUAGACUAUUCAUGUGCUAUCUUCUCCCAGUCUGGAGGACUCGUUGCCAACGCUCCGCAUAUUCCGGGUCACUUGGGCUCGAUGAGCACAGCAAUCAGAUAUCAGGCGCAUAAAUACGGCCUCAAGGGCCUGCAGCCCGGUGAUGUGAUUUUGUCGAAUCAUCCUUGCUCGGGUGGAACACAUCUGCCAGAUUUAACCGUCACAACGCCCGUCUUUGAUGACAACGAAAACCCAACAGAGAUCCUGUUCUUUGUUGCAAACAGAGGUCAUCACGCAGACAUUGGUGGCAUCCUGGCCGGAUCUAUGCCACCCAACUCGACAGAAUUGUGGCAAGAAGGGGCUGCUAUUGAAUCCUUCAAGAUGGUCAAAGCCGGAGCUUUUGAUGAGGAGGGCCUGGUUGACGAGCUGUACACCAAGCCUGGGAAGUAUCCCGGCUGCAGCGGAACCAGGACACUUAAAGACAAUAUCGCGGAUUUGAAAGCAUCCGUGGCUGCUAACAAUCGUGGUAUUCAUCUUAUCCAGGCACUUGUCAAGGAAUACUCUUGGCCGGUCGUGAAGUUCUAUAUGGACGCUAUUCAGAAGAACGCGGAAGAAGCAGUACGCACCCUUCUGAAAGGAUUCAGUGAGCGGUUCAGAGGCCACCCUCUGAAGGCGGUGGACUACAUGGACGAUGGUACGCCAUUGGCCUUGAAGGUGACCAUCAACGGCGAAGAUGGUUCCGCUAAAUUUGACUUCACCGGCACGGGCCCCGAGGCUUUCAACAAUUUAAAUACACCUUCCGCGGUGAUGUACUCUGGGAUCAUUUACUGUCUCCGGUGCAUGAUUUCCUCUGACAUUCCACUAAACCAAGGAUGCCUCACCCCGAUCGAGGUGUACUGCCCACCAAAGACACUGCUAUCUCCGUCUCUUGAAGCUGCGACUGUGGGCUCGAAUGUAGAGACCUCCCAGCGUAUUGUGGAUCUCAUUUUCAAGGCCUUCCGCGCAUGCGCUGCUAGCCAGGGGACUUGUAAUAAUCUGACUUUCGGUUACGGCGGUACGGACCCGGAGACCGGCAAUAUUGUCAAGGGAUUUGGUUAUUACGAGACCAUCGCGGGCGGCGCUGGAGCCGGACCAGGGUGGAAUGGCCAGAGCGGUGUGCACACCAACAUCACAAACACAAGAAUCACGGACCCGGAGACCUUCGAGAAAAGAUACCCGGUAAUCCUCAGAGAGUUCUCCAUCAGGAAAGACACUGGUGGCGCAGGCUUUUACAAAGGAGGAGACGGAUGUGUGCGCGACAUCGAGCUGACUCGACCCAUGCAGGUCAGCAUUCUCUCUGAGCGAAGAGUAAUACCGCCGUACGGAAUGGCCGGCGGCUGUGAUGGAGCAAGAGGCCGGAACAUAUGGGUUCGACAAGACCCCAAGAAUGGUUCUGAGCGAUAUAUCAGUCUCGGAGGACGGGCUACAACCAUGAUGAGCCCAGGCGACAGGAUCAUCGUGCAGACCCCAGGAGGUGGUGGGUAUGGCAAGGAUCCGAAUGCCGAGGAAGAAUUUGUGCCGCCUGAGGAGUUGGAAAUCCUGAAGCAAUCUAAAAUUGCCAGAAAUGGUUUGGCGAACGGUUCUUCCGCCUUCAGAGCGAACGGCAGUGUUGCAGAGCGGGAGGCUGUGGGUGCGUCAAACUAG